AUGCCACACAACCCAAUCACUUGCCUCACGUCCCUGCUCUACUAUGUGAAGAAGCCUGAUGAGAAGACGCCUAGGGGAGUCAUUCCUCUCGAGGUAAGGCACUACACUAGCGGUGCCGCGUUGAGUUGGGCUGUGGUGUGGAGGAAGGACUGCAUAGUAGACGAGAUAGUGCCUCCAGAGGAGGUGCCAUCAGCGUCAGACAUCAAAGCGGGGUCCAACCCUUCGGCUCAGGCACUCUCCUUCAAGAUCGGCAACAGAGUGCCGUACAAGACCGUGGUCAAAGGGUCCAACCCCUCAGCACAGGCACUCUCCUUCAAGAUCGGCAACAGAGUGCCGUACAAGACCGUGGUAGUCCACCAGUCGCUCAUCCUCCGAGCAGACAACAUGGCGGAGAAGCAGCAGUGGGUGGCGCGCCUGCGCAGCCACACCAAGGCCUUCAAGGAGGCCCCGCCUCCACCCCCCCCUUCCUCCUCCACCGGGGGAGACACCGACCAAUCAGGAGACGAAGGGGCCGGCAGGGAUGGGGAUUCUGCUGGUGCUGGUGGUGGGAGUGGGGGCAAUAUUGUGCCGGGGGCGCUGGGGCAGGGAGGGGGAGGGGUGGCGGGGGCGGGGCGGGUGGUGAAUCCGGAGGAGGAGCUGAGGUACCAGGUGACAGAGGUGCGGCGAUAUGUGCAAGCGGUGCUUGUUCACCUGGCAGACAACAUUCCCAAGGUGCGGCAUUAUGUGCAGGCAGUGCUUGUGCAUCCCCACACUAAAUGUGUGCCUGUGGUGCCGGCUCAGGUGGAGCAAGCGGGAAGUUCAAUCCUGACGAAGCUGUACCAGACGGUGAAGCUGCAUAUUCAGGCCAUCGUGUUAUCUCAGGUGGAGCGAGCACGGGACUCCAUGCUCACCAAGCUGUACCAGACAGUGAGCAGCAUGUCAGACGACAAGCUGCAUUCCAUGCUGCAGGAGGAUGCGGAGAGCGCCGGCAAGCGUGACAAGUUCAAGCGCAUGCGCGAUGCCAUGCUGCAACUGAAGCGAGCGCUUAGUUUGCACGAGGCGCGGGCGUCUGCUGAGGAUGAAGGGCAAGGCACCAAGGAGACAGUGGACGCAUGGAGAACAGCUUUCAACAAGGCAGCCCCUGCCUCUCCUUCAAUCCCCGAAGAACCUUCUGCAGAUUCCAACACUCUUCCCUCCCCUUCCUCUCGGAAAUCGCCCCCACCACCGCCCUCCUCCUCCUCCUCAUCAUCAUCAUCCUCUUCUUCCAAAGCCUCCAAAUCUUCAGCCUCGGCAGCCGUAGCAGCUGCUGCAGCAGCAGCGGCCGGUGCUGCUGCUGCUUCUCCCACCCCUCCGACCUCAUCUGCAGCAGCAGCAGCAGCAGCAGGAGCAGCAGCAGCUGCAGGAGCGGGGGCUUCCUCUUAUGGUAUCACACAUGCAUCGUCAUUCCAGCCUUCCCGCUCCUCCUCCGCCAAUCAACAGCCGCCAGCUAUCACCCGAGGCAUGACCAUGGGCUCCGUGCCCAACCCGCUAGGUGCGGGAGUUCCCGGAGCUAUGGUCCCAGGUCCGGUGAUGGCUCGGGGACCGCCCAUGGUCCCGUCUGCAAGUACUGCCAGGAGUGCGAGUCCGCUGCGGCAGACCCUGGCAGGGGGGAUGGAUGCAGGAGGGGGGAUGGGGAACCCCUUGCGUGCCACGUCUAGGAGAACCCCUCCUGCCCCGCCCACUGGUUUCAGCUUCAAGUAA